UCUUUCUUUGAUUAAGAAAAAAAUCAUUAUUUCACUAGGAUCCAAUCCAGUGAAGGUCUGAUGCGGCUUUGCUAUGCCCACUUGGCCGGCCGACGAAAGUCGAUCUUUCAGUUCACCAUGGUGGUGUUUGCUUGCUGCUCUUUGGUUUACGUCGCUGUUCAAUGGUGUGAUUGGUUCCUUCCUUCCCCAGUUGUUGACCACUGGGUUAGGUCUCCUUUUCUCGAUAAGUUUAAGGAAUGGAAUGAUUUCUUCCCCGUUGUUGGGUCGUUGGGAUUAUAAUAAAAUAAGACCCCGAGAUGAUCUGCACAAACGAGUUGUAAUAGUUUAAGACCGAUGACUCCAUUCUUCGCCAAUGUAUAUUUGCUUAUUUGUCAAUGGCCACAGCUUUCUGAUCAGUCACUCAUCGGAACAAAGUCAUGGAAAUGCUUUUGAUUCUUGUUGUGGCGUUGAGCUGCUGUGUCCUGGUCCAUGGCCAUGAAGCCAUAGGCUUCUGCUACCCAGAAUUUGGGAGUUCAGAAUGUGGCGUUUCGGAACAGUUGCAGCAGCAGCAGAAGCUGGAUCGAGAGCAGCAGCCGCAUCUGCCUUCUUUCCACUUCCGGCCUCCCCAAAACUGGCUCAAUGAUCCUAAUGGUCCAAUGUGGUACAAUGGGGUGUACCACUUGUUCUAUCAGUACAACCCAGAAGGUCCAGUGUUUGGUGACAAGAUGGUAUGGGCACAUUCAGUUUCCCAUGACAUGAUCCACUGGGUUGACCUCGAUCUUGCCCUCUCCCCAAACGAGCAAUUCGACAUGAAGAGCUGCUGGUCCGGUUCGAUCACGAUUCUUCCAGGGAACGUACCAGUGAUUCUGUACACUGGCAUUGAUUCCAAUGGUGUUCAGGUUCAGAACCUGGCAUUCCCCAAGAACCUCUCCGACCCCUUCCUCGAGCAAUGGGAGAAAUCGCCACGAAAUCCCAUCAUGACCCCUCCCCAGGGCGUUGCUGGGGACAGUUUUAGAGAUCCAACCACGGCCUGGCGGGAUCCUGAUGGGAAAUGGAAUGUGAUUGUUGGUGGCCUGAUCAAUAACGAAGGGAUUGCAUUUCUGUAUCAGAGUGAGGAUUUUGUUACCUGGACUAAAGUUGAGCACCCUCUCUAUUCAUCCCCAGGGACUGGGAUGUGGGAAUGUCUUGAUUUUUUCCCUGUGUUUGUUAAUAGUAGCAAUGGGGUUGAUACUUCGGUUGUAGAUCGAAGCGUGAAGCAUGUGUUGAAGAUCAGCUCAUUCAGUAAUUUGCAUGAUUACUAUGUGCUAGGCACUUAUGCUCCUGAAACUAGUAAAUAUAUUCCAGACAAUGAAUACACAGGUGAAAGUACAGAUUUGAGGUAUGACUAUGGGAAGCUUUAUGCUUCAAAGACUUUCUUCGAUGAACCGAACAGCAGGAGAAUCCUGUGGGGAUGGGCAAAUGAGUCUGACCCCAUGGAAGAUGACAUUGCCAAGGGAUGGGCUGGAGUUCAGACAAUACCAAGGGAAAUAUGGCUUCACAGUAGUGGAAAGCAACUGGUCCAGUGGCCAGUGGAAGAGUUGAACAAAUUACGCGGCCAGCAUGUACAAGUCUUGGACGAAAAGCUGCAUAGUCGAUCAGUGUUUGAAGUUGAAGGCAUCACUGCUUCACAGGCUGAUAUAGAGAUUGAGUUUGAACUGCACAACCUAGAAGACUCAGCUGAGUUCUUCGAUACUACUGCGAACGAUCCCCAGCAACUCUGUAGCGAUUCGAAUGCAUCAUUUCGUGACGGAGUUGGUCCAUUUGGCUUGUUGGCUUUAGCAACAAAAGAGCUGAAUGAACACACUGCAAUCUACUUUCGGAUCUUCAAAGGCAGCAAUGGAUUCGUGGUGCUCAUGUGCAGUGAUCAAAGAAGGUCUUCUCUAAAAGACGGGAUGGAUAAAACCCCUUAUGGAGCUUUUCUGGACAUAGAUCCUCAACACGAAAAGAUUGCAUUGCGAACACUGAUUGAUCAUUCGAUUGUUGAGAGCUUUGGCGGGGGAGGGAAGACUUGCAUCAGCAGCAGAGUUUAUCCUAAGCUGGCUAUUAACUCAGAAGCUCGACUGUUUGUGUUCAACAAUGGGACGGUGGAUGUAACGAUCUCAAGCUUGAAUGCUUGGAGCAUGAACACUGCCCAGAUGAAUCGCGGAAGAGAAAGCUACGCGGAGCUGGACGACUAAUGAUCACCGUAUAGAACCAUGGGAGCUGGAAGUCUCAUAGCAGGGCCUUAGUAGCCCACAGUGAUGUGUACAUCUGCAUUUGCUACUUUGUGUUCAUAAAAUAAAGCAAAUCGUUGUUGUCCAAUUUGAUGGUUGUUGUAUGCAAGAUUGCAGGGUUGUUUUCUUUUUCCCUUUUGCUUCUAUGUGUCCAUAUGAUGUCUUCAUUCUCUACAAGUCUUUGCGAUAAUAAAUUGAGAUGUCAUGUGUUUGAACAAAAUUUUGCAAAAACUCCUAUAAUUCAAU